AUGGCAUUGAUACCACCCGGAAAGACUCCUAUCAGCUUUCUUCAGGAGAUAAGCACUAAAAGGGGGAUAACUCCACAGUAUGACUUGUUGGCCAAUGAGGGAGCAGUUCAUGAGCCAGUGUUUAUUAUGAGGGUCACUGUCGGUGAUGUAAUCGCAACUGGUAAAGGAACAAGUAAGAAGAAAGCAAAGCAUGGUGCAGCCCUGGCAGCUCUCCAGCAAAUUUUAGGGCUAGGAGAGGGUCAGCCCACCGAACAGGUGCCCUCAGAACCAGGACAACCAUCUGGGAACAUGGUAGACGUUGAUGAUGCUGGGAAUCCUGUGGGAGAAUUACAAGAGUUCACUCAGAAGAAGCUAAUCAAGCCGCCCGUCUACGAGUUUGGCAGUGAGCAGGGCCCUCCCCACAACAGGGAGUUUGUGUGUACCGUCAAGCUCGGGAAAUUCACAGAGAAAGGAACUGGAAGGUCUAAGAAGACGGCUAAGAGAGCCGCAGCAAGUGCCAUGCUGGUUCACAUUAAGAACAUUACACAGGACGGAGAUGACAACACAAAGAUAGAGGACUCGGAAGAAGAGGAUGAAAUCCCUCUGAAUGCCUCUGAACUUCGUGCAUCAUACACUGCUUUGAAAGAAGGCAAGACCAAGGUACCCAUACCCAGUCCUCAACAGAACAAAGAAAUCCAGCAGUUUUAUCAGAAAAUUAAAAAUAACAACAAAAUUAAAAACAGCAAACUGACAGCCCCUGCCUCCAACUACUGCCAAAUGUUGCAAGAAAUAUCAGAGGUGCAGCGAUUCGAGGUCAGCUAUAUGGACAUAGCUGAUAUAAGUUCAAAAGGACAAAGACAGUGCCUGGUUCAGUUGUCCACCAUGCCCGUAGCCGUCUGUCAUGGAACAGGACUGACUGUGGACGAGGCGCAUGCUCACGCGGCCCAUAAUGCAUUGCAAUACCUUAAGUUAAUGACGAAGUCGUAAUAAUGGCCCCCAGGAGGUAUCAUAGCUUCACAGUGUGUCACAUGGUUACCAUGGUUUCCUGCUGUCCCCAUCUUUAACCAAUAUUUCUUGCUUUUAAUUUCCUCCUUGUUAAAAUUAUUUAAGCUAAACAUAAACAUGUAUACUAUUGUAUUCAUGCCAAAGAUGUACAAUGUAUAACUUUUUUUAAAAAAAUGAAAUAUUGUAUAUAAAGGUGAUACAUUGUAAAUUUAGGAGAAAUUUGUGUUAAGGCUUGAAACAUUAUCUAACAAUUUAUACUUUAAGACAAUUUAAGAGACUUGUUUUCUAAAAAAUUAUUGCUAGAUUGUACAUAAAUUAUUUUGGUGCAUGCAGUUCUUAUAAUUUAUGUAAAAUUUUAGAAGUUUCAGAUUUGGAGAGCAAGUGGAAUCAUGGAUUUUUUUUACCAUUGCACACUAUGUGAAGUUAUUCUAUAGCCUGGGUGUACAUGUAUUAUAAUAUAAAUUUAAUUAAUGAUUUUGUAGUGCAAUGUAAUAUAUGUGUUAUUUUCAUUCAAUAGUGUCAAUUAUGGUAGAUUGCGUAUUUUUAAUUUAGGAUAAAAAGAUGUCAUAUUAAAUCAUUGUCUGUAUCAGUCUAAGCAUUUUUUUUUCAAAUUGUGAUGUCAGACCAAUUCUAAAAAUAAU